AUGGCAGGCAAUCGCCCGAUUCCGGGGAAGUCUUCCACGGCUGCACCUCUUGACUUUGCGUCCUCGUUUGCGGCGUCAUUCAGGUCGGCCUCGCCGAUUGCGCAGGAAGCUCUCGCCCGGGAUCUUGCUGAGUGCUCAGACGACGGCGAUGACGCCUCCGAGGCAUUUGAAGAAGGAUCAAGCUCUGAUACUGACUCCAUUGGACCAACGCUGUACCGCAGGCCGAGUGGCAUUGCGUACGGCACCGCCCGGCCGGCCCUUGGACCUCGAGGCUUCGAAGAUCCUGUGCUUACCCGCAUCGAGAAGAAACAAUCUCGAAAUGAGGAGAGGAGUCUGCUAAGGGAUAAUCACAUAUUGCCACCCAAGCAUCCGGCACCGAAAAAGCAGACCGUGUUUGGUCGGCUGUACAAGAGGCUUUUUAGCACAAAAGUCCCUCGGCCGGUCGACGAUGAAGAGGUGCCGCAGAUAGUGGUUGAGCCGUCCGAGACGUCCCCGUUGUUGGAGGCGUCUGGAAGCGGGACACAGCACCUCAGAGAGCAAUGGGAGGCGGCUGUGGCUGCAGGACAGAUCAAGACGACCUGGCAGCGAGAGUCCAAGACCAUUGCGGUGUACUCCCGGUCUCUGGUGGUGACGUUCAUGUUGCAGUACUCCAUUAAUAUCGCGAGUAUCUUUGCUGUGGGGCAUAUCGGAAAGGAAGAGCUUGGCGCCAUCAGCUUGGCAACGAUGAGUGCCAAUAUCACGUGCUACUCGUUCGUUCAAGGAUUGGCGACCAGUCUGGACACUCUAUGUGCCCAAGCUUAUGGCUCUGGUCACAGACAUCUGGUCGGUCUGCAACUUCAGCGGAUGACGAUCUUCCUUCUCAUCCUACUCAUCCCCAUCGCGGUUCUGUGGCUGAAUGCUGAGAGCAUAUUGGUUCAUCUGAUCCCUGAUCCGCGGUCGGCUGAGUUGGCUGGCCUUUAUCUGCGAGUGAUUCUUGCCGGAGCUCCAGCCUUCGUUUGCUUUGAGACGGGCAAGAGGUUCGUUCAAGCUCAAGGUCUGUUCCAGGCGACAACAUAUGUCUUGAUGUUUGUGGCGCCGUUGAACAUUUUUCUCAACUAUCUAUUUGUCUGGAGAUUCGGUUGGGGGUAUAUCGGCGCUCCAAUCUCUGUGGUCAUCACGCAGAACUUAAUGCCGAUUCUGUUGUUCAUGUACGUUUGGUUGAUUGAUGGGAAGCAGUGUUGGGGAGGAUUUACCAAGAGAGCAUGGUCAAAUUGGGGACCCAUGAUUCGCCUUGCUCUACCGGGAAUGAUCAUGGUUGAAGCCGAGUACUUCGCUUUUGAGAUUCUAACCCUAGCGUCAGGUCAAUUUGGCACCUCAUAUCUCGCCGCGCAGUCUAUCCUCGUGACGAUCACCUCGACCACCUUUCAGCUCCCAUUCCCAAUGUCCAUUGCGGCGUCUACGCGCGUUGCCAAUCUGAUCGGGGCUAAGCUCGUGGAUGCCGCAAAGACCUGUGCCAAGGUAGCUGUCGUUGCUGGCUGCAUCGUCGGGAUCAUCAACCUGACCAUCGUGUCUUCCCUUCGCUACCAGAUCCCACUACUAUUCACAAAAGAUCCAGACGUCAUUGAGCUCGUUGCUCAAGCAAUGCCUGUUUGUGCGAUCAUGCAGGUCUUUGACGGGCUUGCGGCGGUCUCUCAUGGUCUUCUCAGGGGAAUCGGCAAACAAGAGUUUGGCGGGUAUGCUAACCUGGUCACAUACUAUGUUGUCGCAUUACCCCUUUCCUUCGGCACCGCUUUUGGCCUGAAGUGGACAUUAGAAGGCCUGUGGUUCGGUGUCACGAUUGGUCUGCUCAUGGUCGCGGUUAUCGAAUACUGGUAUCUAUACAAGUCAGACUGGGAACAGGCAGCAAAAGAAGCUGAGCGCCGGAACGAAAAUGCGUAA